AUGUCUUCCUCGCCAUUACACCGCUCCAUGUCCGACGAGCCUAUCGACCUGACUAACGAGGACACGAAAAGCUCAGCUCCUCGCACUAACGGCAACUCGACUUCGUCUACGACCAUAAACAGCACUAGCCCUAGUGCAGGCAAGACUCGCGGAUCUGGAUCAGGUUCUGGUUCGACCUCAGGAGGGCGCUCGAUCCAGACAAAGCGGGCUCCACCGACUCUGACGAGUAUCGUAGAGGAGAACCCAGAGCGCUACGAUUAUGAGACGAGAGUUGUGGACCCGUUCAAGGCGCAGCAGGCAAUGAAUGCUGAGCGGAAGAAGAAGACCAUGCGCAAACAAUUUUCCCACUUCGCAGCGACGAUCAAGAACGCACUUCUCGCUUUGAACGGCGGCGGCUUGUAG